GGAGAACUGGUUGGGGAGAGGUAGAGGUUCCUGGGGCUCUAGGAGUCCUGGAAGAAAAGUGGUCGCAUCUCUGUGAAGUGGGGAUAAUUCAGUACCUGCCUCUCAGAUUGUUGGGGUCCCUGGGAGAGGACACUGGUCCCUGGCUAGUAGUUAGCAUUGAGCACUGCUGAACUUUUCAGCACUGGGGCCACUUGAGAGCAAGAGACCCCACUCUGCAAAAAACCUGGGGCUCCCUCCUGCAGUGCCCGGGAAAGACCUUUGCCUUUGAGUUGGAGUGACGAGCCCCAAAUUGGCCUGGCACACAAGGGGUAGAAAGAGUGGUCCUCCCAAAUCUCCUUCCUCUCCUGGGCAGCUGGGAAGUGAAGGAAGUGGGGGUUAGGGUCUAUAUGAGGGAGCAGUUUCUGGGGUCUAUGGCCCAGCAGGGGAGCCCUGAGGCCAGGCAGGAAGAGGGAGGGUAGGACUGAGCAACAGCUGAAGCCAGGACCCGGUGAGGAGCUCCCUAGUGACUGGGGAGGGGACAGGCGGCCCCUGAGUUUUAUAGACAUGCUUUGGUAACAAAUGGGGGAAGAGCAAAGGCACAACCAAAUGGCUUUGGGUGCCUGCUGAGCUGUAACAUGUGCCUCUUGGCCAGGUAAGAUCAGGGGCCAGGCUGUGGGUGGGCCUUCCCAACCCUUGUCCUUCCUCCUCAUCCCCCUGGCUCUUCAGCACCUGUCUCCUGCCAUUCCUGGGACCUGGGCUGAACCAAAUGGGCCUCAGGCCACCUCGAAUUAGACUUUAGGAAGAAAUUCCAAGGGAAACAGGCAGAUGACAGUGGGGUGGACUGUGGAGAGAUCAGUUGUAAACAAAGUAGCUACACUUUUGUCCAAGGCCUUCCAAAGUCCACCUGUAAGCUGCAUGUCCCAGAAGGCCCACCCUGUGUCCUUGAAACACCUUGGCUGCAGUAUCUUUUCACUGACCAGGUGUCCCAUCCCCCAGCAGGUGCCUUGUAGGGCCUUAGGGUGAUAGGGUGCCUCCUGGGGCCCUGCCCAUCUUAGAACUGAAGAGGAAAGUGGGAAAUCACUUGGAUACCCCUGUCUGCUGCUUGACCUUGAUGAGACCUUGGCCCCUCGGUUGUUCUGUCUGCACCUCAGCAUGACCUCAGCACCACCAGGCCAGGGUGGGAGGCUGGGGCGUGGCUGCUGGGCACAGGCUGUGGCAAGGCCGUGUGCCUGGCUUCUCUCCCCGACAACCCCAUCGGCGCCAGGCUUGCCGCCUGCUCUUGUUCACCGAGGAGCUGGGUUUCCCUGGGGACCAGUGGACUGGCCUGGCCCCACACACCCCACCCCCAACCCCUCGUUGUUGCCACAGCUUGCACUAGGAGGAGGAGCGGAGGCUGAGCCGCCUCCUGGACCCCUGCCUCUCAGCCCUGCCUCCAAGGCCAGGCAGCCUCUGUCCACAGCUGGACUGUGAGCAAGGAGCAGUGGCUGUCCUCGGAGGAGUUUCCCCUGCAGGUCCUAGAGGCAGCUCCAGCUGGGAUGGCCACUGACACUCGCCAUGGGGGGCUGCUUCUCCAAGCCCAAGCCAGUGGAGCUCAAGAUUGAGGUGGUGCUGCCGGAGAAGGAGCGCGGCAAGGAUGAGCUGUCUGCCAGUGGGAAGGGCAGCCCCCGGGCCUACCAGGGCAAUGGCACAGCCCGCCACUUCCACACCGAGGAGUGCCUGCCAGCCCCUCACUCCUACCCUGGCCCUCAGGACUGCGUGGAGGCUGCUGUCUGCCAUGUCAAGGACCUAGAGAAUGGCCAGAUGCGGGAAGUGGAGCUGGGCUGGGGGAAGGUGUUGCUGCUGAAGGACAAUGGGGAAUUUCACGCCCUGGGCCACAAGUGCCCACACUACGGAGCACCUCUGGUGAAAGGCGUGCUGUCCCGAGGCCGGGUACGCUGCCCCUGGCAUGGUGCCUGCUUCAACAUCAGUACUGGGGACCUGGAGGACUUCCCAGGCCUGGACAGUCUGCACAAGUUCCAGGUGAAGAUUGAGAAGGAGAAGGUGUAUGUCCGCGCCAGCAAGCAGGCCCUGCAGCUGCAGCGAAGGACCAAGGUGAUGGCCAAGUGUAUCUCUCCAAGUGCUGGGCACAGUGGCAGUACGAAUGUGCUCAUUGUGGGUGCAGGUGCUGCCGGCCUGGUGUGUGCAGAGACACUGCGGCAGGAAGGCUUCUCAGACCGGAUCGUCUUGUGUACGUUGGACCGACAUCUCCCCUAUGACCGGCCGAAGCUUAGCAAGUCUCUGGAUGCACAGUCUGAGCAGCUGGCCCUGAGGCCCAAGGAGUUCUUCCGGGCCUAUGGCAUCGAGGUGCUCACUGAGGCUCAGGUGGUCACAGUGGAUGUGAGAAACAAGAAGGUCGUGUUCAAGGAUGGCUUCAAGCUGGAGUACAGCAAGCUAUUGCUGGCCCCUGGGAGCAGUCCUAAAACCCUGAGUUGCAAAGGAAAAGAAGUGGAGAAUGUGUUCACCAUCCGCACUCCCGAGGAUGCCAACCGUGUGGUGAGGCUGGCCAGGGGCCGAAACGCAGUCAUUGUGGGAGCCGGCUUCCUGGGGAUGGAGGUGGCUGCUUAUCUGACUGAGAAAGCCCAUUCGGUGUCUGUGGUAGAGCUGGAAGAGACACCCUUCAGGAGAUUCCUGGGGGAGCGUGUGGGUCGUGCCCUCAUGAAGAUGUUUGAGAACAACCAAGUGAAGUUCUACAUGCAGACAGAGGUGUCAGAGCUGCGGGCCCAGGAGGGAAAGCUGAAGGAAGUUGUGCUGAAGAGCAGCAAGGUUGUGCGGGCUGAUGUCUGCGUGGUAGGCAUUGGUGCGGUGCCCGCCACAGGUUUCCUGAGGCAGAGCGGCAUUGGUCUGGAUUCUCGAGGCUUCAUUCCUGUCAACAAGAUGAUGCAGACCAAUGUCCCAGGCGUGUUUGCAGCUGGUGAUGCUGUCACCUUUCCCCUUGCCUGGAGGAACAACCGGAAAGUGAACAUCCCACACUGGCAGAUGGCUCAUGCCCAGGGGCGCGUGGUGGCCCAGAACAUGCUGGCGCAGGAGGCGGAGAUCAGCACAGUGCCCUACCUGUGGACUGCCAUGUUUGGAAAGAGCCUGCGCUAUGCAGGCUACGGAGAAGGCUUCGACGACGUCAUCAUCCAGGGGGAUCUGGAGGAGCUGAAGUUUGUGGCUUUUUACACCAAAGGCGACGAGGUGAUUGCCGUGGCUAGCAUGAACUGUGAUCCCAUCGUAUCCAAGGUGGCUGAGGUGCUGGCCUCUGGCCGUGCCAUCCGGAAGCGGGAGGACUGGCGACAUGUCUUGGCUCACUGGGAAAGGAUCCUGAGCUCAUAUGGAGUGAACUUGGGCAUGCACACUGGGACACCAGGGACAGAGGCCAACCCCUGGGGGCAGGUGCCAAUAUCCAACUUCCCAGGAUUCCCCAAGGCAGAACUGGAGCUCUCCCAGUGCUUGCCUUUGGCUGCCUGGCUCUCUGGAAAGGCCUCUGCUACCUCCACAAGAUAUUCACCCCACAAGGCCUCAGCUGCCACUGACAGCUGACACUGGCGGUGUGACAGGCCCUGCCUCUUUUUCCUCUAUUGGGAUUGGUCCCCUGGAGGACACUGCAACAUGUUAGACAUUAUUUUAAAAUUAAAAUGCACACAUUUGAAAAUCA